GCGCAGAGCUGAUCAGCUGUUCUCACCUAAUCACGAUACUUCGUAUUGGUGCGUGUAUGUAUGUUGUACAUGCGUAAGUUCGUAUAAUAGUAUUACUUUGCACAUAAAAAAUGAGCACGCGCCAACGAUCUGUUUCAGUGUAGCAUCUUCUCGGUCGAUCAAAGUUCGUGAAAGUUUUUUAAGCGCCUUCGACAGGCGUAUCGCAUAUUUACUUGACAUCAGAAGCUUUUUGACAAUUAUACCACGUCAGCGGUCAGUUAGCUCGCUUUGGUAGUGGUGGUGUAGUGGUGUAAGAGUGUUGGUACAUAUGCAGCGCGUCGUCGGUGGUCGUCGGUAUCGACACCAUCAUCAAUGCGAUGUCGGUAUCGGUGAUAUACAGUGAUACUAAUAACAGAAACGCCAAUAAUACAAUAGUAUCUUUGUGUUUGAAAUCAACAACGUUCGAACAAGUUGCUCCUGAUGUGGUGGACAACGCCGCUGUCUCGUAAAAGAAAAGGAUGAGAUCCAGCGUGUUACGCCUAUAUUGGGCGCUAUUCCUGAUAUCGAUAGUGUCGAGUCUUCUGUUUCUUAUAGUAGCUUUGGAAGGUGCACAAGCAAAAGUUACCCCUUUUCAUCUGGAAGAGAAUGAUACGUACAGUAUGACUUAUGACAACAUUACACUCAAUUAUGAUAAUUAUGAAAAUUUUGAGUCAUCUACUACAUUAAACACUGAAACAGAAAGUUUGGCAUCAUUCAAUACUAAUGAAAAACAUCUGACUAAAUCCUCCACAAUCUCUGCUAGUUUUGAGUCAAUUACCAACGACAAUGUACAGGAAGAAAAAGAAAUGGAUGUUUUGCCAGAAAGUUUUAUCCAACAGCCUAAUCUUUCUCAAGGAAUCUCCGAGACUGGCCAAGCGGUGGUGUUGACGCUGGUUGACACCGCAGCAGCGGAGUUGCAAAAUAUAGCCGAGCCAAAAAUUGAUCGGGAGUUUUCUUCAAAGUCAUCCGUUACGAAUUCGUCAUUGUUGAACGGCAAUCAAGUGAGACAAUCCGAACAGCUGAAAGAGACGCAGAUGCCGAUGACGCAGAUGCCACCACCACCGACUAUUGACGAGACCACGGAGCAACCAAAUGAUACUGAUAUUCUCAAGGAUAAGGAGGAAGUACUCGUUUUAAAAAAGAUCUCAGAAGAAACAGGAUCCCAGAAGAUUCCGGAAGCUGUGGUCGUCAAGGCAGAGAAGAACGGGGACGACUUGGAACUUAGAGUCGAGGAAGAAGUCGGUCAGAUGGAGUUGCCUACGAAAGUUACCGAUGACACAUUUACUACGGAAUUGAACGAUUCAGCAGCGAGAGCUCAAUUGGUCGGUGGUAGCAGAGACGAUACUGCGGCAGUUAUUAUAAAUGGAUUCGUUACUUCAGGUCCUACUGAUCCGCAUGAAGAUAUACCAUCUUUUAGUGAAUGGGCGCAGAAGCGUUUGGAAGAGGCUGAGAAGAAAAAAACUCAUCCAAAUGCCUCCGUACAGACUCCGGGUAGUCCAGGACGAGGUGUAAGUGGCAUGAAGAUCCGUUCCAAGAAUUACGCUUCUCCCGACUGCGGAGCCAAGAUCGUGGCGGCUAACCCCGAAGCAAGUAGCGCGAAAAAUGUUUUGGUAUCCACACGAGACGAAUACAUGCUCAACGCCUGUACGUCGCGCAUCUGGUUCGUCGUCGAACUCUGUGAAGCAAUUCAAGCUAAGAAGAUUGAGUUGGCGAAUUUCGAGCUUUUUAGCUCAUCGCCCAAAGACUUCUCUGUCUACGUGAGUGAUCGCUUUCCGACCAAAGAUUGGAUUUCGGUCGGUCAGUUUACAGCCAAAGACGUGAAAGACAUUCAGAGCUUUGCUUUACAUCCUCAUUUCUUUGGUAAAUUUAUUAAAGUAGAGCUUCAAUCGCACUACGGGUCGGAACAUUUCUGUCCUGUUUCGUUGUUUCGCGCUUACGGUACCAGCGAGUUCGAAGUGCUGGAAACCGAGACGGAGAAUCAGAUUUUACAAGAAACGAAUACGGAUGAGCAGAACGACGAUGACAGCGACGAAGAGGAGUUGUUGGACAGUGAAGACAGUGAUCCACCAAGAAAUCUCUUUGGCAGUGCGCGCGACGCUGUGCUGAGUAUCGUGAAGAAGGCCGCAGAAGUUUUGGUGAAAUCUAGCGACCUCACCGGUAACAAUAUCACGGAGAUCCAGCAAAGUAUCGAUGAUGAUAAUAUUUUGGAUAGCUCGUACACGACCUGUAUGACACCCAGAUACACGAUUUUCUGCGACAAUUGCUCCGAUCAUAAGUUUGCCAGCGUUUUCCAGUUGGUUAGUUGCAGAGAUCGUCAAUUGAAUGAUUUGCUCAAGAUUGAUCUGAUGAACACUACGCUGAGACGUAGCAAAUUAUGCGGCCUUCACGAUGUGGAAAUCGAAUCAUUAUGGCAGGGAAAGGAAGAAGAAAUAAAACAUGACGUUACAACGCAUUUCAAUCUGACGGAAGAUCUUCGCGCGAUUUUUUUAGCUGCAGUUUUUAAACCCGAAUAUAUCGUAGCGUUGUGCAACGUUUUGGCAACGAAGGAGCGCAAAGUGGUGAUGAACAUGAGUUACGAAAUUUCUGUAAAUAAUUCCGAAGACACUAUUAAAGAGGACGUUUUACUCAAGAAGACUACUACGAAUCACAACGACGAGAUAACUUCUUAUCAUCAAACGUCCACUAUAUGUACUCCUGACUCGGAUUCUCCCGCUUGCAAAUUGGCCGCUCCUCCUAAAGAGACUCGACGGAACAUUAGUGAGGAAUCAGAAAAAAACAAUACGGCAUUCAUGGAGACUUACGUCAGCACAGAAAGCUUGGCAGCACAGAUAAAACCUACUAAGACGUUAAGUAAAGAGGAUCUAAAAAGAGAAUCUUCCGUACAGAAUUUAGAACCUAGUAAGGAGUCGACGGAGGAGACGGUACAGCAGGAAGUGCUGACGACUCUUCCGCCACAGCUGCUUACUAAUCCAACUGCGACUUUAAAGAUUGUCGAGGAAUUGCCAAUUCUAGGAACUAAUGUUGAAAUGACAACCCAAACUGUAAACACCGGUUCGUCAAAUCUUGAUCAACAAGAUUCCCUUUCGACUAAUACGGAGAGUGUUGAGAUUGUCACGCAAGGUCGAACAGACAAAUCAGAAAGUAAUGAGCAAAUUAGUAAGCAAACAAAGGAUUUGAACGAGCAAGAAGUUCAUCUCACACUGGAUACAUUGUUUGACUUGAAAGAUCUGGAGGGCGACACGGCUAAUUUACAAAAUGGCGUGUCUUCUAGCGCUUCGGCAAUGACCCAGCCCACUGCGACUACCGCGCCUCAGAAGGAGUCUGUUUUUCUCCGAUUGUCCAACAGAAUUAAAACGUUAGAAAGAAACAUGUCACUCAGCGGACAGUAUCUGGAGGAGUUGAGUCGUCGUUACAAAAAGCAAGUCGAAGAAAUGCAGCGUUCGUUGGAACGUGCACUGACUGCUAUGAACGAGGAGUCUCGAAAGAGUGAAGAGCGCGAAGCCAAGAGAUUAGAGGAGAUCACCGCUUUAAAAGAAGAAAUCGCUGCACUUUCCAAAUCAGUCGAAACUCUUCUAUAUGAUCGUGACAGUCGAAUAUCGACGAUUAUCCAACAUACCUUGCUGAUCUGCUUGGAAAUUGUUGUUAUUUUCUUCAUUAUCUUCUACUGUUGUAGAGGAGGAGAAGAUUUUGAGGAAGAAGAAAAACUUCAAGUCGAUACAAAAAAAGGUACUAUGCGUCGAAAGAGUGCAGAGAGCUUCGGUUCUGACGUCGCGAUAAAGAAGACAAAGAAGCGACGACCUAGCGAGAUUGCCUCUCACAUAAAUACCACAUAUCGUGAGUUAAUGAUAGAUGAUCGAUCUUACGAAACAAAAAAGGAGCGGAAGAAAAAGCGCAAGAAAGAAGCAAUCGCAGCAGGAACUAAAAUAGCCAAUAGCGACGCCAAGCAACAAGUUCCUCAGAAAUCUACAUUGAACAUUACAUCAGAAACCUGCAAGAGGCCGGAUUACGAACUCGAAACCGUUGUUGUUGAUCGUUUCGACAACGGUCAACAAACGAAAAUGGAAGAACGUUCCGCGGAUAAAAUCUCUGAAAUGGAAUAUGCGCGACAAAAUUCCGUACUUGAUUGUCGAGUCGACGAAAUGAAUGAGUCAUAUUUGUCAUCGACGAUUACGGAUGAAUUGAUCGAGAGAUCAACUAUGAUUUCUCGACAACGAGAAAUUGACACAUCGAAAAAUGGUUCAUUCAAGACUGGUGGUAUCCUCAAGAACACAAAAUUGACCUCGCCAUCCUUCAUGAAAACUGCCCUGAGCACGAGAAAUAAGAACAGGCUCACUUCGUGUUCUACAUCCGAGAAGUGGGAACGAGAUUCGGAACAUUCGAACAACAGAUCUUCUCCAUCCAGUCCUACGCGUUUGCAGACUAUUGGUGAUAAUACCAAUGGCAUCGCGGCCAAUGGUCUGAUUGAAGAAAGCGACGAAUCGAGAAGUAGUAGCGCAACACCUACAUUAGAUAAAAAAGAAAAGAAGAGCACUGGUCUGAAGAAAAUGGUAAGGAAAUUUUUCUGAUUGAAGUAGAGCUGCCACUAUAUUAAAGCAGGCUGAAUUGAAGCUUUGAUAUUUGCUUCAAAUAGAUAUAAUACGAAUUGAAGUACUUCUCGAAUUAAGCAAAGAAAAUAUGAAACUUAGAGGAUAAGAAUAUAAAACAAGAUUGAAAAGACUGGUGAGUAUAACUAGAUAUAAACAUUCGUAUGCGUGAUUAAGGAAUUAAAAAUAAAAUUAAACUAGAAUUGGAGAAAGCUCUACAUACACUUACGACAUGUUAUGUAGUAAUUUUUCACUUAGCAAUGUUUAUUCCACAAUUAUCAAUUGUUUUUUUUUUGUCGCGGUAGAUGAAAGAGUACAGUAUUUUCUUCCUUUUUUGUAAUACAUAAUUAAAUGUAAUAUAUAAUUCAUUUAAACACACAUGUUACACUAAACUAGCUCUUAUUUUCGACUUUUGGAUUUUUUCGAAACAUCUCCGAGAAUGGUUCCAAUUGCCAAAAAACAAUCUGUAAAAAAAUUCAGCUCGAUCGGAUGUCAGAAAAAGGAGCUUUUAAGCAUUAAAAAAAUUCAACUGAACUUUUUCACAGAUUAUUUUUUUUUUAGCAAUUGGAACCAUUCUUGGAGAUGCCGCGAAAAAAAUUCAAGAAAAAAAAAUUUCAUCAGGAGUGAAUAAGAGCCAUCCUAAUGUUACACAUUUGAAAAAUAGUCAAAUUGGUUCACACAAAUAAUUUACACAAAUGUGCUACAUUGAGACAAAAAAUUAUGUGACACCAACAUAAAUGGUUUACUUACCAGUAAAAGACAUACAAUUGGCAGCUGUCAACAUAAUUCAGCGCUUUGUAUUUAUUAUCUGUAAUUGGUCUAUUCCUCCAAACUUAUUGCACAAAUAGACACAUGCCAUUGACAAAUAAUAAUCACAAAGCGCCUACUAAAGCUAGGUUCUGCUGAAUGUAGUCAAUAUGCUAUACGUAAUUAAUUUGGCUGAUGGGUCACUAAAAUACGCAAAGAAAUACGUAAAAUUACUAUAUGAGACGCAUUUGUG